AUGCUGGAGAAGAUUCUUCCUGUCGUAGAGGACAGUUGCAGUGGCGACGAGAACAGUGAACUCAAGCUGGAUGUUUAUAAAAUAUUAGCUGAGCUAUGUGCGCACAAGAUUUCUGACGAAACUCUGCGUCUGUCUGUGGAACCGAUAUUUAGCAAACUACUGGUAAGAAUAAACGGACGUAUAUUCUUACUUAUCUCAUGUCUAUAAUAAAGGGUCUUAGCUAAAAGAUGAAAAGUUUUGCAGAUGGUAAUUUUGAGUGUUUCCACAAUUAGCUCAAAACACUGAUACUAAUACAGGUUUUUUUUCAGGACCGUAAAACGGCCCCAAAAACUCAAUCUUGAAUUGAGUUUUAAAACUCAUUCUUCUCACCAGAAGUUUCAGUGCAGUAAAAAUGAAGUUGUUUGAGUCAAAUUCGUGACGUGGGCAAAUUAGUUUUCAGUUGGAAACCCAGCAAUCAAGAAAAAAUGCCGCUGGAAUUCAUUUCACAACACAAGAAAAACAACGCGUUCGCUAUCUUUAACCAGUUUAUAGUGUCUGCUUUAAUACAUUGCGUCUCAAGUACCCUUAUUCGGUACAGGUGUCCAGGGCCGCCGAGAGCUUUUCGGGGGACCCGGGGACAAAUUUUUUGGGGCCCCGUAAUCUCGGCAACUUUUUUGGGAAAAAAAAUUUCCGGACAAGAACAUUUUAAUUGGUUUCGUGGCACUUUCCCAAACUUUUUCCAUACCGAAUUUCGGUACUUUGCCCGAAAAACAGAAAUAUUUCGCCCGAAAAACAGGAAAUAUAUCGGAAAAAAUGACUCCCCCCCCAAAAAAAAAAAUGACUAGAGGCCCCCAGAGCCGGUGCUCCGGGGAAAUUUGCCCCGCCCACUCCCUCUCGGCGGGCGUGCAGGUGUCAGCCUCCUGCCGCUGCCCCGGACCCCCAGCUGUGUGCAGCUAAACUUCUCUGCAAAAACGGACCCAAGAGAAAAUCCUGAAGAAAAAAAUGGACAUUUACCCGUAAAUCUUAGCUAUAUAGAAGGGCGUCUUGCAUGGUGACCAAAAUUGGAACAGCGUUGUAAAUAACGCGAACAUGGCUAACAAGUUCAGUUCUUCAAAAAAAUAAUUUUUAUCUUCGCUUUUUCGGCAUUCUUUUUUUUUAAAAUACAUUUUUAACUGGUUUAGGUAUUAAAAAUCUAUUUGCUAACCUGCAAACAAUUGCCGGAAGUAUUUUCAUUGUGUUUUAUUCCUGUUAUUGCUAUAUAUUAUAAAAAGCGAAUAACUUGCUGUUUUUUUGUUCAGAAAAUUUUGAGCCGGCGCCAUCUCGUUUUUUCUACUGGAAAGAUAUGAGCUAAUUAAUAUCCUCAAUUAUCAAUUCCGAUCAAAUUGCAUAUACAGUAGUACCUUAUAGCUCAUAUCCGAUAGUUGUCUAUAUAAUAACAAUUGUUAAUUAUCCUCAGCUAACAAUUUCAACAAACCACUACAGUGCAUGUAUGUAUUUUGCUUCCCAUUAUAGUCGGUAAAUUUCAACUUUGGUCAAUCAUAAAAUCAGAAUUCUUAUUUUUAGCGCUACAUGCCUCUUCCAGUUGUGAACGAAGAAAAGGCGGCUGUAGGAAAUGAAGAAUCCACAGAACCCCAAAUUGAGUUCUCCUAUGUCGAGUGUCUUAUGUAUAGCUUCCAUCAAGUUGCUCGCAAG